AUGCGUUUACUUCCGGUUCUCAUGGCCGUUAGUUCGGCACUCGGCGCAGUACUCGUCGACUUCCAGUCGGGGCGAGGAGACGAUCCAUCCGUCCUCGGCCUGCGGAACCUCGAGACUAAGCGAGGAACAAUGAUCCCCGAUAACAUCCCCGAGCUAUUCAUCAAGACAGGAAAAGAUCCCAAGGGCGUUGCCGCAGCCCACUUUCACAAGAAGCAGGGGAUGCUUCGUGCUGAAUACCAUUCACUUAACAAGGCCACGAAGAAGGACACCACAUACGCCAUCCGCUAUGAAUUUAUGUUGGGAGCAAUCGAGCAGAGUCUCAGCAUCUGGCAAUUUAAGGAAUACCUCACCGACAACGCCGAAGCUGGCGGUGCCAACGUCCCACUGGCCUUGAAAUUCUCUCGCAACAAUCUCCAGCUCCAGUAUCAGCCUAAAUGGGAUGCGCCACGACAAAUUCUAUGGCAGACGACACCCCAAAUCAACACCAGAUACCGCGUGGACUUUUUGAUCAACACCAGAUACCGCGUGGACUUUUUGAUCAACACCAGCACUCCCGGCUGGAUCCAAUUCGCCUGGGACGGGCAACUCCAGAAACUUGGUCCCAAGGGGGAAACGCGGUUCGCAGCAACUACGUUCCCUGGUCGAUCGGAUCCAAAGUUCGGUGCAUAUCUGGCCGAUACUGUCGAUGUUGACAUCGUUCUGAAUUGCAACCGUCACCCUGCCGCACCCCUUAAUCGUUACCUCAGACAUCAAUCCAACCAACUUUCGGUGGGAACAUCAGCAGCUCCUCCAAUGGCAACUCAAAUCCCCGAUACCAACCCCCCUGUGGCCAUCACGAACAACUGCAUCGAUUCCAAGGUGCUUGCCAUUCAUACAAAGGAGGUGAAACCCGCCAUGGCCGAAAUCACCGAGCCUUGUGAAAAGACGGAAGAGGGGCUUUUUUCAACGACCUACAUCUCCCCUGAUGUUGUCUCUUUGCUCCCCGAGAACUAUUCUCUUCGCCCUCUUCGCCGUUCUGACUACAAAAAUGGCUUCCUCGAUGUUCUUAGCGUCCUCACGAAAGUUGGGGAGUUCACCACCGAACUCUGGAACGAACGAUAUGACUGGAUGGCAAAGCGAAACGAUGAAUACUACGUUCUAGUGAUCUGCGAUGGAACUGGCCGAGUCGUGGGCACUGGCAGUUUGAUUGUUGAGAGGAAGUUUAUCCACUCUGCUGGAAUGGUAGGACAUAUUGAGGAUAUCGCCAUUGAAAGCGGCCAGCAAGGCAAGAAACUGGGCUUGCGUAUGAUUCAUGCUUUGGACUAUGUUGCAAAGGAAGCUGGUUGCUACAAGUCCAUCCUUGAUUGCUCUGAGGCCAACGAAGGCUUCUAUCUAAAAUGUGGCUUUAAGCGUGCUGGUUUGGAAAUGGCUCAUUACUACUGA